UCAAACUUUGCAAUCGGCGGAGUUGACCCUUUGGAAAUGACAGAGGAUUGGAACCGCACAGCCCUUCUUGUCAUUGACAUGCAGAAAGAUUUUAUAGAAGAUUGGGGUUCUGUGCCUCUAAAAGGAGGGAAAGAUAUUGUCCCAAAUGUGAUCAAAGCUGUGGAGGCUGCAAGGCAGCGUGGGAUCCUCAUAGUUUGGGUAGUACGGGAACACGAUCCUUUAGGAAGAGAUGUAGAACUUUUUCGUAGGCAUCAAUAUGAAGCAGGUAAAGUUGGUCCAGUCUCUAAAGGAAGUAAAGGUGCAGAAUUAGUUAAUGGGCUGGUAAUUAAAGAAAGAGAUUAUAAACUUGUGAAGACAAGGUUUAGUGCAUUCUUUGCUACACACCUUCAUUCAGUUCUUCAAGGAGAAGGAAUUAAUAGUCUUGUGGUCACUGGUGUUCAAACUCCAAACUGUAUCAGGCAAAGUGUCUUUGAUGCUGUAGCAUUGGACUACCAACACGUAACUGUUAUUGUUGAUGCUACAGCGGCAGCCACACCUGAUAUUCAUCUUGCCAAUGUGCUUGACAUGAAAAAUGUUGGAGUUGCAACCCUUACAUUACAAGAAUGGAGCGAAUCCAAGGCUUAAUCUAUCAUGGAACCUUGCCCACAUGGAGGUGUU